GCCGUAAUUGAAAAUAGUAAUAUCAAUUAAAUGUUAUAUUUCCAAUAAUUGGCAAUGACAGUUUUAAGUAUUUACAAAUCGACAACUGUUAUUGUGACUUGUCAAACGAUCUGUCAUUAAAGCAUCAUUAAAAGACAAUGAUUAAUAAUUUUGAUAUACACCGAUUGGUUUACUCUAAGACGAAAUGAGUAAAUUACAAGUUCCUAAAUGCGUAAAUGCAAUGAUAACGAAAAUUUCACCUAAAUCGUCUGACUAACCUACGAAAAGCGGCUUUGUGAAAUUACAGCAUCAGAAAUUACUUAACGUUUAAAUUUUUUCUUAUUCGUUUGGAAUUUAAAUUGCACAAUUAAAUGGUGAAGAUCGUGAAACAGACUUUAAAUGAUAUGAGUGGAAUGAGUAACAGUGUUUCAAUAUCGUUUUAAAGUAUUCUUAAUACACUUUAUUAGAUAGAAAAUAGAGGGAAUAUCAUAGAGAGUAUGUACACUUAAUUAUGUAUUCCAAAACUAAACAGUUGAUCUCCACAACAUAAGUCAAGCAAAUUUAGAAACUUAAUAUAUACUGACAAAUCAUCAUGAGUGUUCAAUUGGAUAUUAUAGUAAGGCCAGAGAUUCGUUUGGAUGCAAAAUGGCUCAAAACAGAUUUGAAGCGUUUACUUUAUCGAGACGGCUUGGCCGAACUUUGGAAUGAAAUGAUUCGUGAUGGGGAAAUUGUCGGUUCUUUUAGCGAUGGCCUAAUAAAUGCUGCGGGUAUAACAUCUAGAAAAGGUGAAAGUGGCCAUUAUUAUUGUAAUAUGAGGGUGUUGUCAUGUCCUUGUUGCGAUGGCAUUUGUGGUCCACGGUACGGUUGUAACUGUGGACCUUGUCAAAAAUUAGACGAAGAAGAAGCAGCAAGAAUGAACACAUUUGUGGAGAAAACCAUACCAGCUUGUCAUGUAAUGGAAUCAUGGCUAUGGGGUCCUCAACCAUCUGUUUCCGACUUAACAGCAUGUAUCGAUUUAUUAAUCAAGGAACAAAGAAAAUUAUGUUAUGAAGUUGCGAACAGUACAUUAUCCGCUACACGAUUGAGACAGCGAUUAGUAGUAGCGCGACGAUACUUCACUGCUCUUUCUCGUCAUAAACCACAGGAAACUAAAGAUAUUCCAACAUCAUCAAAAUCCUCAACUAAAUUACAAAAAAUGAUGAGACCUAAUGAGAAGGCAACAUUAGGUUUAGCGCGGGUAGGAUCUCGUGCAGCACUAAAUUUUUCAUUUGCAUACCUAAGACGGGCUUGGAGAUCUGGGGAGGACAUAGAAUUUUGCAGCGAGCUUCUAUCCGAAUCGUUGGAAGCUUUACAGUCGUUGCCCGAAGCUACGCUUUUCGACGAAAGUAACGUUUCUCAAGUUUGGUUGGAAGUAGUGGAGCGAUCAGCAAAGUUCUUAAGACAAGUUGUUACAGGGGCUAUAGUUAGCGGAAGAUCGUGGUGUCCUAUCCCCUUAUCCGAUCAACACACGGCUCUUUGUCUGUUGUUGGAAUUGGUAACGCAAAGAGCUACAUUGUCCAGUUUGUUGGAUUCCGUUUGUUUGUUACUUUUUCUCAGUGAUAUACAUAAACAUCAAGAUAAUCGUGUAAUGCCACCUGGAAGUACGGCACCAUUGGUACCGCUAUUGAGGCGGUUGAACACAAUUCCAGCUUCAAAGUCAAGACGAAUAGAUGAGAAUGUGGCACCAGGUCCUUGUGAAGUUUUACUCAAGUAUUUGAGACUUCCCGAGGACGACACUACAUCUGUCGAUUUACGAAAAGCGGCAGUGAUCAUAAUGUGUAAUUUAAGCAGACUAGCUGCUCCUUUGUUACCUCCUGUUAUCACCGACAGGUUCCCAAAAACUCAGAGUCAAACGUUUCAAGAAGCUUUGGCUUGGGGAAGCGUACAGUUCGGCAACGGAACGUCUCCAUUUUAUUGCGACGCGAUUGCAGAGCUGGGCAUCAAACAACUUUGUUGCACCGAACGAGCUCUUAUGAUUCUUUCCAUCAGUGGGAAUGUGUACAUGAUGUAUUACGGAUCGGAGACUCAGUAUCCGCAAAGAGUGUAUGGGUUUUCGGAUAAGCCCGUUAUAAUGAUUGCCUCUCACUCGGACGGUAAGCAUUACAUGGCUUUAACGCAAGACAACUCUGUAUAUUCAUGGGGAAACGGAGACGGCGGACGUUUGGGACACGGAGAAAGAACAUGCUACGACGAGCCAAAGUUAAUCGAAGCACUGACCGACAAGAAUAUUACGUUCAUAGCUUGCGGAAGCACGUACUCGGCAGCGCUUAAUUCGAACGGUGAAUUGUAUACUUGGGGAAGAGGAAAUUACGGAAGACUCGGUCACGGAAAUUCUGACGAUGUGACGAUUCCUACGCUGGUAACUGCCUUGAACGGGCAUAUGGUUGUCUAUGUGUCUUGCGGUAGCGGUGAUUCGCAAACGUUAUGCGUCACCGCGUCUGGUAUAGUGUUUUCAUGGGGCGACGGUGAUUACGGAAAGCUCGGCAGAGGAGGUUGCGAUGGAUCUAAAACGCCAAAGAUCGUUGACAAACUGUUGGACAUAAACGUAGCAAAGGUUUACUGCGGCGGACAAUUUUCAGCGGCCUUGACAGCAUACGGAGAAGUUUAUAGUUGGGGCAAAGGAGAAGCGUAUCGUUUGGGCCAUGGAAACGAGGAGCACGUAAGAUAUCCGAAAGUAAUCGAAGCGCUGAAAACGAAAAAGGUGAAGGAACUAUGCGUGGGAAGUUUACACGUGCUGGCGUUGACGGAAGAUCAAUUGGUGUACGGAUGGGGAAGAAACGAUUACGGUCAAAUCGACUCAGCGUUGGACACGGUUGUGCCCGAACCUACUUUAUGCCCAACGUUGUCUGGAAAAAAUGUGAUUGGUUUAGCUUGCGGGCCGACGCAGAGUUUUGCGUGGUGUACAUCGGCUUGGUCCGUCGCCAGUAGAGUGGCGUUCGUUGUAGACAUUUGCGAAGACACCUUUCGAUUGCUAGACACUCUAUUGGGACAUGGUUGCGAAGGAUUACCAGGUACACGACCACCUACUCAGGAUCGAGAAUGUUUGGCGGUCGCCACUUUAAAUUUGGUCCGAUUGCAGCUCCAUACCAUGGUAACGCACAACAUUGAUGGUAAAUCUGUCGGACUUGCCGGUACUCCGUUGUUAAAUUCUUUGAAGCAACGAUGCGUGACACUUGCGAGCAGUACAGGAAUUUUGGCGACAAUUCAAGAAGCGGCCCAAGCUGUGUUACAAACUGGUUGGAGCAUUCUGUUGCCCACGGCAAACGAACGAGCAAAGACUCUCUCGAACUUUUUAUCGAAAUCGAACGGAAACUUGGACCAAGCAAACACUAGUAACGGUCAACAAUUUAUGGCAGACUUGUUGGUUUCCAGUUUGAUGGCGGAUGGUGGAUUGGAAUUGGCAUUGAAGACUGCGAUGAAAGCGGAAAUGAGCGACGUUACCGACGAGAAGGAGUUUCUCGUGAUGAACAACACGAGCAAAUCCAGCGACACGAAACAAGUUAAAGAACUGAACUCCGAGAAGAAUAACACAACUAUUUCGCUGUUGCAGCUGGUGAAACAAUUGAUAAAAAAUGGAACCUGUAUUACACAGUCCAGAUUGCAACAGGGUUGGGCGGAACAGUUGGUUCAUAGCGAGGAGUCGCAGCAAAGGAACGAUAGUUCUCCCAGCUUGAAUCUUUUGCUAAAGUUUCAACGGUUACUGGUAGCUCGCGUGUACGAGUGCAUCAACGAGUCUAAAACGGAGAAUUUACGCGACCAAGAGAUGCUUGGGGCGGAAUCACUUUUAAAAAAAUACAUUUCACAAAUCUGCGUUCACGUGAACGAGAUAAUGGCGUCCGCGGCUGAGCUGGCGAACGCAAGCGUCAAGCAAUUCGUUUUUGUCAGUACCGUCCUAAGGGGCGACAUCGUAAACAUUUUACUCCCCGAAUUGGUUACUUGCCUUAUCUUAUUGCAGGUAGACUAUCCGAUGUUGCUACUUAACAUGAACUGGAUGGAAAUAAUGACACCGAUGUUGGACUCGCUCGAUCAGUUCAACAAGCUGGUACCGACGAUCGAGAAAAACGAGGCGGACGAUCUGUCUUGGCCAGGCAUCAUAGCUCCUCAGCAUGGCAAUAAAAUGUCAAUAUCGGAUGAAACGUCCGUAAUUCGUUGGGCUGAUCUGGAGAAUCAUAAUCGCGACGGUGGCCUUUGGGUAGUCGUGAACAACAACGUGUACGAUGUCCAAGACGUUCGACUGGAAACGUUCGGUGGGAAUUCGUUGGAGGGCAUUCAGAAAACUGUGGCCGGUUGGGACCAAACUGUUUCAUCCGGGACGUAUUUGGCGAGCCCGAAUCAUGCCCCUCGUGGCCAGCUACCACCGCGAACCAUGAUGGAUUCUUAUUUCGUUGGUCAUUAUUGUAAUUCGGAGCCGGAAAAUACUAAAAUUACGAUCGACGUCACGGACGUGUGUUCCUCUUUGCUCGACACGGAAAGAGCCCUCGGGUUUCUCCUGGGAUUACACGCCCACAGAAUGCGGCAAAGCUCGUCGCUGCAACCGGCGGAGGAAGAAGCCGGAGUUUGGCUGAACGCGAAUUUCUUGAGGGGCGGAUUGCAAAUAUUACAGCCACCAAAUCCGUACGAGGAAGAGAAAGGAGAGGCGAGAAGCAACACGUCGACGGCUGCGAACUCACCGACCGAACCUCUGCUUCCGGCACGCACGAAGAACGAACCGCAGAAGGAGAGAGACGAUCGCGUCACGGCGUUUAUUUACGCGCUGGCCGAGACCCAUAAAACCGACGCACAGGUCCAUUCGUUUCUAACGAUGGUCGAUAAAUAUUCGAAGGCUAACAAUCUAUUGGCGCAUACCGAGUUUUGCGGCGAUCAUCCGGUGGAAGAAGUCAGUCGACUUUUAUUGGCGGUGAUCAUAAAGCACCUAGCUCUAGGCCACCAAGCGAUCGACUUGAUCGACCAGGAAACAGGAAACGAUAACAAUGCAAAGCUCACGAAGCCAUUGGCCGAGAUGGUCAGGGCGAUUCAUCGGACGAAAUGGAAUUUGAUUCACAUCAGGCAGCAACAAAACAGAAGCUACAAAGAGGUAUGCGCUCCAGCGCAGGAGAAAUGUAGAUUUCUUCUUCACGAAGUGAGAUCCGCGACCAGUUACGAGAUAAAAGGAUUGCAGGAUUUGAAGUUGCUGCACACGGUUCCCAGAUUUAAGAAGACCGUUCGAACGGUGAUAAGAGAUAUUCGAAGGAACAGAGGAUCACCGAGCAAACCGGAGGACAUCGUGAACGCCUCGAUUCAAAACGCGAAGAUGAAGAUUAAAUCCGACGAGGACACGACACCGAAAGAGGUCAGACCUCCCCCAGCGUCACCGAGACUCGAGACUGCGUCGGAUACGAGGAAAAUGAUCGUCAAGAUAACCGAGAAGAUGAAACAGCGAACGUUAAAUAUCGAUUCGAGCGAGUUGAUGGUAAAUAUUAUAAAUUUCGUGGUCACCGAGGAGGGCGGGGACGUCGAGACGCUACGCAGGGCCAUGUAUUGUCAAAUACAGCGCGCUAAAUUGCGCGAACAGGGAAUCCUGAUGAUGCAACAAUUGUUGAAGAAAGAUUGCCUGGUAACGUCCGUCAAGUAUUCGUUGUUGAACGGUUGGCUCGGUCUGUCGCACGAGAACAAAUCUCUCGGCGACGGAAUCACGCAUUGCUUGAAGAAUAUCCAACUGAUAACACCGUAUCAGAAAUCGAAGAUUAUUUUGGCAGAGGCGGAGGUGACAUCGUGGGCCGUCGAAGCCUUACGUGCGUACGUCGUUCAGGCGGAACUGCCGAGCAAACCGAAAGUCAGCGACAAAAGCAGCCUGAAUCAGGGGACGUACACUUGGCUGCGAAAGUUACCGAGAGCCAGGUUUCUGCUGACAAUUUUGGGCAUGUUGACCAGUUAUCAGCACGCGAACGAAAUCGGGCUGCUGAUCAAUUCGGGAACGAUAUCGAGCAUUUUGACGUUGCUCAGACAGAUCGGACCCACGGUGUCCACGGCGGCGAUCGACGAGUCGAAAACGAAAGAAACGGCGGCCAUAUACGAGGACACGUUGGAAAAGAGCAAACCGUCGAACGUUCAGCUCAGUGGAAUGGAACUGGCAGCCCUGAUGAAAAUUGGGACCAGGGUGGUUCGCGGGGUGGAUUGGAAAUGGGGCGAUCAAGACGGAUCGCCGCCAGGAGAGGGUCAAGUGAUCGGUGAACUCGGCGAAGAUAGCUGGAUACGCGUGCUGUGGGACAAUGGCACGACGAACUCGUAUCGUAUGGGUAAGGAGGACAAGUACGAUUUGAAACUGGCCGAGCCACCCACGCCGCCGGAAACGGACACGGACGUCGAUUCGCCGAUCGACACCGUUAAAGGUAAAACGGAGAAACGGAUGGACACGUUCGGGGAUAUUCAUCCGAUCACUUGUCUCAAGUCCGCCUCCGUUACCGUGCUCCGCAUUGUUCUGCUCUGUUGCGGCCUGGAGGCUGACAAGGUAGCUCCAUCCGCUAUAAAGAUACUCGCGUCCAUUUUACGCGGCGUAACGUCAUCUGCACACAAGCCCGGUCACACCACGCAGUUGCAGCUCUCGAGGGAGCAUCACGAAACCUGGGCCACUCUUAGUUUGUUGAGAGCAAUCGCCAAGUCCUCGGAACUCUGCAAAUCUCUGAGCACCAAAGCGUGGAUUGAUUUCUUGUUGUCCGUAAUUGCCGAGGAAGAUCACCCGAAUUUGGAAGAACAGAUCAUGGCAGUGCGGUUGUUGGCGGCCGUAUUACCUUCUUGGUCCACCGACAAUCCCAACACGAUACCGUUUCUCGAGAAAACUUUUCGCAUAUUGGGACACGUCGCGUUGGCUUGCGACCUCGGUUCGUCGACUGAACUUUAUUCGAACAAAUGUCGCGUAUCCCUUACGGCCUCUCAUAGUUCCACGAUCGUCGAGGAGCUGGUCUCUUUGAUCAGAUGCUUGCAUUCCCUUUCAAGAUGGAACGCAACGUUAAACGUGUUUCUUUCUGCGAAAUUGUCACUGGCUUCUGAUCUUUUCAGCGACGGUCCGUUGUUUCACAUACAGGUGAACGAGAAUGGCGGAGAGAACAGCGCGAACAUUCAACAAACGGUAAUGGCAGCUCUCCUCGUCGUCGGAGGCCUCGACGAUAGACCGAGGAUCGGCGGUUUGGUCGACGUAGACGGACAAAUCGGUACGAUCUGCAAAUUCACCAAACACUCGAAGAUCGUCGUUCAAAUGCACGAUGGCGACACGCGGAAAAUGGUUCCCUUUUUCGCGGUCAAACAUCUCGGCGAUAAGUUUCGUUUGGAUCGUAUGCCCACGCCGGACUCUUUUCUGUCCACCUGGGCCAAUUUACUGUUGGGCCAUCGUGGAAUGGACAAGAGGCCAAACGGCAUGCCUGUGAUAGCUGGCGCGGUGAACGCAACUAUUUUGCGCAAUCAACAGCAACAACUUGCAGCGUUAAACGCCGGGAAGAUGAUCUUGGACCAUCAAAUGAAAUUGAGAAAAAUAUUGAAGUACACGAUUAAUAAGAACAACGAUGGUAACGUAAACGACGACGAUAUUGGCGGCGGUGGUGACGACAACGGUCUCGGUUGCAGCGGCAACGGCGUUGAAGACGACGACGACGACAACGACAAUUACGACGACGACGACGACGAUGACGAUGACGACGACGAAGGCGGUGCACCCAGUCGUGAUAUGGAAGUUACUCGUUGGGCCGGCGAUGCCGUAAAUGGAAACGAUAACGCUAUCAACGACGGCGAUGGCGAGAACGAUAACAUCGUCGACGAUAGAGACGAUUGUCGCGACAGACGCACAACUUUGCUCCAAGAGAUGCUGGUGCGAGCCACAAGACCGCAACCGUUAAAGCCUAUAUUCAAACGAAAAGAAUUGGAGGAGGCUGCUUUGGCAGUUUCCCAGUAUUUGGCAUCCGAACUGAGACAUUCGCCUAUUCAACGUAUUGGUCCUUUUUCAGAACCGGAUUCUCCAGUGUCCGAUUGCUCGCUCGUGUCGCUAACGUCCAGCCAGAAGAAGCAUUGCAGGAGCAACGGGAGGAAAAGUUCCCCGCCUCCCAUGAGUCCGCUGGUAGCGCAACUUACAGAGAUGGGAUUCCCGAAGAAGAGCGUGGAAUUUGCGAUCAAGAGCCUGAGCACGACCGUGGGAUUCAUCACCGCUGAAAGCGUAGUUGCUUGGCUUCUCGAGAAUCCUGACGUUGCUCUGAGCGACAGCGAAACACUCUCGAGCGUGUACGGACUGUCGGAUCUUGAGAACUCGAUCAGCGAGAACAUUGACGAUUCACCGUCCACGCACGAUGCCGUCUCCUCGUUGAUGCCGCCCAAUUAUAUGAAACGAUCCGACUUUCUGUCGGUCGACGAGUACGCGAUUUACGUGCGGGACAAUCUGAUUCCGGGAAUGCUGGUACGCUGUUGCAAAAGUUACGAGGAGGUCGAAUACGGUGACGUUGGUCAGGUAAUUAAGAUCGAUCCGGAAGGCUUGCACGAUUUGAACGUACAAGUCGCGUGGAAGCGUAAAGGAGGUACCUAUUGGGUGAGAUUCAUUCAUAUCGAAUUGUUGGGCCAUCCGCCAACGAUACCUGGACCGGUCGCGCCGAAGAUCGGCGACAAGGUGCGAGUAAAGGCCUCCGUGACGGUACCAAAGUACAAAUGGGGAUCGGUGAAUCAUCAGAGCGUGGGAAUAGUCACCGGUGUAAUAAACAAUGGAAAGGAUCUGUCCGUAGAUUUCCCGCAACAGAGUGGCUGGACUGGUUGUGCCACGGAAAUGGAAAGAGUACCAUCCUGCCAUCAUUCGGUCGCUUGCAACUCUUGCCACCUUUUGCCGAUCUCCGGUCCUAGAUUCAAGUGUAAGUAUUGCGAAAAUUACAACUUGUGCGAGAACUGUUUUUACACGAAACGUUGCCACAAACACGGAUUCAAACGUAUCAUGGAACCGGGCCUGGCGGCGGUGUACGCCGGUAAACCGGGCAAAUAUCAUAGGCAAGAUCUUACAGAAUCAUCGUUGAUCGACGAUUGGUCCAAGUGUAUUCGCACGCUGAGCGUGUCCUCGCGUGAAGGCUGGGCGACACGACUUGUCAACGAGUCUGGACAAUAUUGGCAGAGUUGCGGCUCGCAGGGCAAGCAUUGGAUCCGGCUGGAAAUGUUGCCGGGCAUUCUCGUGCAUUCGCUGAAAAUCGUUGUUAACCCAAAGGACAGCAGUUACAUGCCGUCGUUGAUAGCGGUAAACGUGGGCGACUCGUUCAACAGUCUGGGAGAGUUGGCGACCAUCAGCGUACGCAACACCGACACCAACGUCCUGCUCUUGCAGGAUACCAAAGAAUAUUAUCCUUGUAUCGAGAUUAUGAUAAAACAGUGUAGAAACGGUGGUAUAGAUUGCAAGAUUCACGCUCUGCAGAUAAUCGGCAAAAGAAAGGUAUUCGAAAAUCAGUUGGCUACAUCCGUUUCUUUUCUAGCUUCGGAUUGGGAGAUAGUUCAAGAGCAAAUGAGCUCGCAGCGCGGGACAGAAGCACCGCAGCAGUCUGCAGUCUACGUGUGGGGUUUGAACGACAAAGACCAGCUCGGCGGACUGAAAGGGUCAAAAAUCAAGCUGCCCAUUUACAGCGAGGCCCUUUCCAAAUUGAAACCCGUUCAUAUCGUUGGAGGCAGCAAGACGUUGUUCGUGGUCAGCCAAGAAGGAAAAUUGUACGCGUGUGGAGAAGGUACAAACGGCAGGCUCGGCCUCGGAGACGACAGUAACGUAUGCGAGCCGAAACCUAUUCCGUUCUUGAGCCAAUACGUGAUCAAAAAGGUGGCAGUGCAUUCGGGUGGAAAGCAUGCCCUGGCUUUAACGCAGGAUGGCAAGGUUUUCUCUUGGGGUGAGGGAGAGGACGGUAAACUAGGCCACGGGAAUUGUCUCUCUUUGGACAAACCGAGGCUGAUCGAGUCUCUCAAGUCGAAAAGAAUUCGUGACAUUGCCUGUGGAUCAGGUCAUUCGGCUGCUAUAACGAGUAGCGGCGAGCUUUACACCUGGGGUCUCGGUGAAUACGGGAGAUUAGGUCAUGGCGACACCAGCACGCAACGGAAACCGAAAUUGGUGCAGUCGUUGGUAGGUCAGAGAGUGAUACAAGUUGCCUGCGGCAGCAGAGACGCACAGACAAUGGCGCUGACGGCCGACGGUUCGGUGUACUCCUGGGGCGACGGAGACUUUGGCAAGCUUGGUCGUGGAGGCAGCGAUGGUUGCUACACGCCUUUGUCGGUGGAUCGUCUGAACGGCCUGGGUGUCGUACAAAUCGAGUGCGGGGCACAGUUCUCGCUCGCGUUAACCAAAUACGGGGAAGUUUGGACCUGGGGCAAAGGAGAUUAUUUUCGAUUGGGCCACGGUAACGACCACCACGUCCGAAAGCCUACGUUAGUCGACGGGCUGCGGGGGAAGAAGGUGGUUCACGUGGCUGUAGGUGCUUUGCACUGUCUGGCGGUAACGGACACCGGUCACGUGUACGCCUGGGGCGACAACGAUCACGGACAACAGGGAAAUGGCUCGACGAUUGUUAACAAGAAGCCGUCGUUGGUGCACGAGCUCGACGACACCAGGGUAAAUCGAGUGUCCUGUGGCUCGAGUCACAGCGUUGCUUGGGUUUUAACCGAUCAACCGGCGACCAAUAAUCAAGAACCUGUUAUGUUUCCUACAACGAAAGAUCCGUUGGGACAAACGUCGUUGAGGUUUAAAAGUACAGCGGAAACGAGUGUCGUUUGUCCGCCAUCUUGCUCGAAAAGUAGCCACGGUCACGGAAACGCGAUGGCCACCGGAAAUAACAGUGGAACUGUUGGUAAUGCUAGUUGCGAUGGCUCGCCUAGUACUAGUACCAAUGUACGCAAUACCAGUAGACCAUCUCUUUCGAGUAUCGUCCUGUCGUUGGAAAGUAACGUUGCGAAACAGCAAGCGUUGCAACACGUGAUCAACGCUCUUUGCAUAAUACAAGCUCGUAUCGCGCUGGUGACGGCGUUGCAAAGCCACUCGACCCUGAAGACUGGCAGCGGUGGCGGGUGUGCAGUCACCGAAAUGCCGCCGGAUGGAGCGGUCAGUGACACUAGCAUCGCUAGCGGAGGGCACACCGUUUAUCAGAAUGUCGGGGACAGUGCCCAAGGUGGCGGGGAAGCCCCGGCUAACGCGGCAGAGGUCGUUAACUUGAUAACCAACCCACGAACAAGUCCCGAAUCCGAGGACUAUCCGUUAGCGAUGUUCCCCUCGAUGUCCAGUUCGGCUAGUUUGUCCUCCCGCGCCUCCAAGAUGUCGACCAGCGCGAUGAGCGUGAUCGCCGCUACGCUCACAUCCAACGCCCAAGUGGUCGGCGAGGGAAUCACCAGCGACCCCAGCCUGGACGAUUUUACAUCCACGCUGACCGAAGACGACGCUAGAAUGCUCGUCGAUCUGCUGAAAUUGGCCGUGGCCAAUCGCGUAUGCGAGGGUGCGAAGGAGACUAUAUCCUCGGUAUUGGUCGCGUUGGCUAAAACGAAUCACUCGAUUCGGAGCAUGAUAUUGGAGCUGUGUAUCAUGGAACUGGAAGACACUGUAGCAAACUCGAAUAAUAGAAAGAAUGCACCGCAACCGGUGGUACAGGAGAGCUUGCAUCCGUACAUAGACGGCACCACGUUAACGGGCCACGUAAGGAUCCCUGGUGCUGAGGGGCUGAGCAUAGAGUUCGAUCGACGUUGCUCCACCGAAAGGAAGCACGAUCCGUUGACGAUAAUGGACGGAAACAACAGAGUUUUGGCCGUGAAGUCGGGCCGAGAGUGGAGCGAGUGGGCUGGCGAGAUUCGAAUCCCAGGAGACGAGCUCAGAUGGAGAUUCUCCUCGGAUGGAUCUGUAAACGGUUGGGGAUGGCGAUUCACUGUGUACCCGGUGCACGCGACGCUUGCACCGCACGAGCUCGUCUCGGAUAGGGCGGUGCUCUCUCAGCCAUCCAUAGCUCUAGCGGAAUGCUUGCUGGACAACAGUCUGAUCAAUUUGGAUAAGAACAUUGCCACGCGGCUUGCCGUAACGUUAGCCCAAUGCAGCCAACUGAGCGUCCUAUCGGCCCAGCAACGAAUGUGGGCGCUGAAGAAGUUGCAAGUCGUCUAUACGACCGGACCAGCGAUACGUCCGGAAGUUGCUCUCUCUUCUCUUCUCGGUUCGUUGCCGCAAGCGCUAUUGAAACAAUACGCUUACGAGGAUCCGUUGGUCAGAGGAGGAAAGCAAUUGAUGCACAGCGAUUUCUUCAAGGUUCUCGUAGCUCUCGCUUGCGACAUCGAGUUGGAUGGGAUGCAGUGCUGCUCGGAAAUCCACAAAUGGUCCUGGUUUCGAAGGUACUGCUUAUCCGCGCGGGUCGCCAAGUCUCUGGUGAAUCGAACGCCGCUACCGAAACCGUUUUGUAUCGAAGUUACCAAACGCAUCAACGAGAUGAUCACGGCUGGAGAGGGUAGCACGAAGGAUCACGAGAAUCACGAGUUAUUUAAGCAAGAACACGACGAACAGUUGUUGCAGUGGUUGAAUAGAAGACCGGAAGAUUGGACGUUGUCGUGGAACGGAUCCGGGGCCAUUUACGGCUGGGGUCACAAUCAUCGCGGUCAGCUUGGCGGUCUGGAAGGAGCGAAGGUGAAGUUACCCGUUCUCUGCGAAAGCUUGUCCGCGUUGCGGCCUGUCCAGCUCACCGGUGGCGAGCAAACUUUGUUCGCCGUCACUGCCGAUGGAAAAGUCUAUGCAACCGGUUACGGUGCACUCGGACGUCUCGGAAUUGGGGGAACGGACUCUGUUAUGAUACCGACUCUGUUGGAGUCCAUCCAGCAUGUAUUCGUGAAGAAGGUUGCUGUUAAUUCGGGUGGUAAACAUUGCCUUGCAUUGAGUUCCGAGGGCCACGUUUACUCCUGGGGCGAGGGUGACGAUGGUAAAUUAGGACACGGGAACAGGUUGUCGUAUGACCGACCAAAAUUAAUCGAGGAGUUGCUGGGAACCGAAAUCGUGGACAUAGCAUGCGGUGGUCACCAUAGCGCGGCAAUUACCAGCGCCGGCUGGCUUUACACUUGGGGAAAAGGCCGAUAUGGACGUUUAGGACACGGAGAUAGCGAAGAUCAAUUGACGCCGAAAUUGAUCGAAGCGUUGCAGGAUUACAAAGUGAUCGACGUUGCUUGCGGAAGCGGAGACGCGCAGACUCUUUGCGUUACCGACGACGACAACGUUUGGAGUUGGGGUGACGGUGACUACGGAAAAUUGGGCAGAGGAGGUAGCGACGGUUGCAAGGUCCCAAUGAAAAUUGAAUCACUGGCGGGACUUGGUGUUGUUAAAGUCGAGUGUGGUAGUCAAUUCUCUGUGGCUUUGACAAGAUCUGGGGCUAUAUAUACGUGGGGUAAAGGAGAUUACCAUCGUUUAGGUCACGGUACGGAUGAUCAUGUGCGAAGACCGCGCAAAGUUACAUCGCUCCAGGGAAAGAAAAUCAUCUCGAUAGCGACGGGCUCGUUACAUUGCGUAGCGUGUUCCGAUAAAGGUGAAGUUUUCACUUGGGGAGACAACGACGAGGGACAGUUAGGCGACGGAACAACAAGCGCCCUUCAAAGACCUAGACUGAUUCAUGCGCUGCAAGGUAAAAAAAUCACGCGAGUCGCUUGCGGUAGCGCGCAUACUUUGGCGUGGAGCACGAUGAAAGCCACACAGAGCAGAAUGCCUGCCUCUACACCGAUGGAGUAUGAUCUAGUUAAAGAUCUUCCCUUCCCUGUACUGCACAACCGACUGGUGCUUCUUCAUCAUUUUGCCGAACUACUUUGCCCGUGUUUGCCGAUGUUUCCAAUCACCGGGCCCCUCAGCUUGAGCAAAUUGGCUCCAAUGUUGGUGUACAGCAUCAAAGAAGCAACUUUUCGUAAAGUGGUACAAGCAACGAUGGUCAGGGAUCGACAACACGGACCAGUGAUAGAGUUGAAUCGAAUUCAAGUGAAACGAGCUAGAGGAAAGGGUGGACUGGCUGGACCCGACGGUAUGAAGUCGGUCUUCGGUCAAAUGGUUUCAAAGAUGUCUCUAUUAACGCAAGACGUUCUCUUUUUCCCUCACAGAAUCUGGAAAGUGAAAUUUGUCGGAGAGAGUGUAGAUGAUUGUGGUGGUGGAUACAGCGAGAGUAUAGCGGAAAUGUGCGACGAAUUACAGAACGGUUCCCUGCCGUUGUUUAUACCGACCCCAAAUGGUCGAGACGAUAGUGGCACCAAUAGGGAUUGUUUCCUGUUGAAUCCGAUGGCCGAUUCGACGUUGCAUAUGAAUAUGUUCCAAUUUCUUGGAAUCUUGAUGGGUAUAGCGAUAAGAACUGGUAGUCCCCUAAGCUUAAACUUGGCAGAACCUGUGUGGAAACAACUGGCAGGUACAUCCUUAACGCCCGCGGAUUUGACCGAGGUUGACAGAGACUAUGUUCCUGGAUUAUUAUGCAUCCGUGACAUGGAUCCCAACGAGAAGGUAUUUCAAACCCUCGAAAUGCCUUUCUCCACGCCAUCGGCUGUUGGACACGAUGUACUUUUAUCCAAUAGAUAUCAGAAAAUCACACCGACAAAUAAGCACGAGUACGUCCGAUUGGCAUUGAACUAUAGAUUGCGGGAAUUUGACGCUCAGGUAGCCGCAGUGCGGGAGGGAAUGUCAAAAGUAAUUCCCGUACCGUUUCUGGCAUUAUUUAGCGGAGCAGAAUUGGAGACAAUGGUCUGUGGCAGUCCAGAUAUACCGCUUACUUUAUUGAAGUCCGUUGCAACUUACAAGGGCAUCGAACCGACUGCACCUUUGAUUCAGUGGUUCUGGGAGGUGAUGGAGGAGUUUUCGAAUCAAGAGAGAUCUCUGUUUCUUCGAUUCGUUUGGGGCAGAACUCGUUUACCACGCACGAUUGCCGAUUUCCGCGGAAGAGAUUUCGUUUUACAGGUAAUGGACAAGUACAGCCCACCCGAUCACUUUCUUCCCGAAAGUUAUACAUGUUUUUUCCUCUUGAAAAUGCCGCGAUAUUCGUGUAAACCGGUAUUGCGUCAAAAGUUAAAAUACGCGAUACAUUUUUGUAAGAGUAUCGACACCGACGAAUACGCCCGUGUUCAAGCUGCGACUGGUUCAGACACCGAAGAAACCGACAGUCUUACUAGCGAAGAACAUACAUCGCUUUAAUGAAAUCGAUUUCGUAAUUCUUCCUUUGAAGUCCUUUAAAUUUCUUCGAUCUAGGCCUCUUAAUGUUAUUACAUAUUUAUCUCUCACGAUUGGUUAUCCAUCAGCAAUUCGUGUGUAUGUUGCGUUGUUAAUAAUAAGAGCGAUUUACUCUUAUAAAGUACUUGACGCAUGCCAAAACGAAAUAGUGAUACAUAUUAGCUUCUUUUUUGUUGGAUUCAAUUCAAUCAAGUACUUUACUGGAACCCUGACGCAAAAACGUUGAAUUUAAUUCCUAAAAUCCUAAAGUCAUAUUUCUAAUUGAAUUUUGGCAAUUAUCUCCGAUUUACUAUCAUCAUAAAUGCUCAUAGUCCUCGAUUUAAAAAGCUAUUUUUAAAUGGAAGACUGUAGUUAAAGGCUACUAUCGAAAUGCGUUAAAAGCAAUUAUUGUUAUCGUUAAUAAGAGUUCUGCUUUCAAAAACAAAAACGAAAAACAUUUCAAUUAGACGCAUUGUUGGGUGGCGUUCCAGCAAGAACAACGAACGAUACUAUAGAAUCAAUCAUGAUUUAAUUAUAGAAUUCGUACUGUGUGUAGAGAUGAACUCUAUCGAAUCCAAGACCUGUUGUUGUUCUGUAUUUUUCUAACUUUCUUAAAAUUUUCUAAUUAGACUUUUGUUCAAGUACAACUAGAAUAUAAUAAAGAUUAUGAUUUUGUGAAUUAAAUUCGACAUUUUUAGCAUUUUUUUUUUUUUCCUGGAAUAUAUGGAGACAUCGCACAUUUUUAUAUUUAACUGUAUGAUUUGUAUACGCGUUCUUUUUUCUUUUAUUAUUUAAGCCUUAGCGAAGCAAAACGCAGAUACUGUACAUAAUUAGUAUAGAAUGUGUGUAGCGUGUGUCUGUGUGCGUGCUUACGUAUGUGUGCGACGUGUGUAUAGAAUAUUGCACCACGUUAAGUAUAAAUAAGCGGAAAUAAUCUAAUAUCAACAACUACGGUAGCAAAAUAUGCUAUAAAUCAUUCAUGAAAUAAAGCAACUAACGCUUCAGUUUAUAGAUUAUAAUAAAAAAUUUUAAGCGAGUAUAUUUCAUUUAUUUCAGUAAGAAUAUAUAAAAUGUUGAUCAUAUAAUGAAUCGCAAGUAUGUAUCGCUUUUUAGUUGUUGGUAAAAUUCUAGCUGAAAUUUAUUAAUCGUAUAUGUAUAUGUAUCUACAAUUCGCAGUAUAUUAUACAAUACUACACCGAAAAUACUUCGUAAAAUAAUUAAAUGCAGUGAAAGUACUAUGAGUAAUGGACAUAUACGCAUACGUAUCAUGUAUAUACAUACAUACGCAUAAUAUUGAUCAUAAUUUAUUGCACACAUCUAUAGUCUUUAUUUAUUUAUUUAUUUAUGUUUAAUAUAUAUUUUACAAAUUACACACAUUUACUCAUCUUCUCUCUCUCUCUCUCUGCUUCGAAGUAUUUUUUCGUUAAAAAUUAUUGACGAGUCGUUUUCACUUUGCAAUCAAGAAAUAUCGUGGAAGCAAUACAAGUCAAUAUUAUUGUAUCGCUUGACAUAUAUUGAACUCGAUAACGCAUGAAAGUCCAUUAAACUUUACACUGCUGUAGACAUUAUCAAUAAUGUCUAUAAUAUUAUGGUUUAAUGCUUAUUCCUUAAAAGCGCAUAAUAAUCGAAAAGAAUAUCGUUUAAUUAUAUUUUUAUUAUAUUCUAUGCAAAAUAUAUUGUAAGAGAAUUAAAAUAAAUUAUCCGCUGGUAAGA